ACAUAUUUUGGUAUGGCUGUCAAAAGUGUUUAUAAUUUUUUUCUUUAGGCAAUUGUAUCGUUUUUAUUGUAAAACCGGUCGGCGCUGAGGACUGUAACAUGUCGAAUCUUCAGCCAGAAGAUGCCAGAUAUUUGAAAAGGAAAGUAAAAGGCGGAAGUAUUGAUGUCCAUCCGACAGAAAAAGCUUUGGUAGUAAAUUAUGAACUUGAGGCCACAAUCCUCGGUGAAUUGGGAGAUCCUAUGCUAGGGGAAAGAAAAGAAUGUCAAAAAAUCAUCCGUGUGAAAGGAUUAAAUGAAAACAGUGAUUUAUCAUCUCUAGCCAAGGAAAUUAUAGAUAAAUGUAAAUUAAUUCAUCCCAGUAAAUUUCCUGAAGUAGAACAACUUUUAUAUUAUUUACAGAAUAGACGAGAUAAUGGUGUUCCCAGUAAAGCAUCUGGUAAAACUAAACUAAGUGAUAAACCUGAAGAGCCUGGAUUACACGAUGCUACGGAAGUCGACGAGACAGCUAUUAUAAAUGAUAUUGAUGAAUAUCUGGAAUUACUGUAUGAAGAUAUUCCUGAUAAAGUACGAGGCUCCGCUCUCAUUCUACAACUCUCACGAAAUCCGGAUAAUCUGGAAGAACUUUUCCAAAAUGAAACUGUGAUAGGAGCGUUAGCUAGAGUUUUACGAGAAGAUUGGAAGAAGAGUUCAGAGGUCGCCACCAACAUUGUUUAUAUUUUCUUCUGUUUCUCCAGUUUUACACAAUUUCACGGAGUUAUCCUACAUUUUAAAGUGGGGGCUUUAUGUAUGGCAAUUAUUGAACAUGAAUUAAAGAAGUACGACCUAUGGACAGAGGAGCUACAGAAAAAGAAAAAACUUGCAGAAUUUGAUAAAAAUAACAGAAAAACGCGAGAUGAUUACGCUAAAAGUUUACAGAAAUAUCAAAGUUUAGUCAAAAAACAAGAACAGCUUCUACGAGUGACAUAUUACCUGUUGUUGAAUUUAGCCGAAGAUUUAAAAGUUGAAACCAAAAUGAGAAAUAAAGGAAUUGUUAAAUUUCUCGUUAAAACAUUAGACAGAGAUAAUUCAGAACUUCUUAUUCUUGUGACGUCUUUCCUCAAGAAAAUGUCCAUAUUUAUAGAAAAUAAAAAAGAAAUGGCUGAGUUAAAUAUAAUAGAGAAGAUAACGAAGAUUAUACCAUGUGAACACGAAGAUUUGUUGAAUAUUACCCUGAGAUUAUUGUUAAAUCUAUCGUUUGAUUCCGAGUUACGCAGUAAAAUGAUCAAGUUUGGUCUCCUACCAAAACUAGUCAAUCUUUUAGUGAAUGAAAAUCAUCGUUUAAUAGUGUUAUCAUUACUAUAUCAUAUAAGUCUGGACGAUAAAUCUAAAGCUAUGUUUACAUAUACCGACUGUAUACCUAUUGUUAUGAAGAUGUUAUUUGAGAGUAAUGAAAGUACAGAGAUAGAGUUACUGGCCUUGUGUAUAAAUCUAGCGAGUAAUAAACGUACAGCUAGUAUCAUCUGUGAAGGAAGUGGAUUGAAGAUGUUGAUGAAACGUGCAUUUAAAUUUAAAGAUCCCUUGUUAAUGAAGAUGAUACGCAAUCUCUCACAACAUGAUGGACAAACUAAGGCUCUUUUUGUGGAUUAUAUUAGUGAUUUGUGUGCAGCUGUUUUACAAGAAGAAGAUGAAUUUACUCUCGAAUGUCUGGGUAUUCUGGGUAAUUUGACCAUUCCGGAGCUUGAUUAUGAGCUGAUUUUACGAGAAUAUGAUCUCAUAUCUUGGAUUAAAGGGAAGUUACUCCCAGGAUCAGCCGAUGAUGAUUGGGUAUUACAAGUUAUAAUAUUAGUAGGAACAGUUUGUAGUGAUGAUGGCUGUGCAGUAUUAUUAGCUCAAUCUAAUAUUAUACAGAGUCUUAUAGAAUUACUUAACGCGAAACAAGAAGAUGAUGAAGUUGUUUGUCAGAUUAUUUAUGUAUUUUAUCAGAUGAUAUUUCACAAGAGUACCAGAGAAGUUAUAAUUAAAGAUACACAGGCACCAGCUUACUUGAUAGAUUUAAUGCAUGAUAAAAAUGUUGAGAUACGAAAAGUCUGUGAUUAUACCCUAGAUAUUAUUGGUGAAUAUGACAAGGAGUGGUCUAAAAAAAUUCAAUUAGAGAAAUUCCGAUGGCAUAAUUCUCAAUGGUUAGAGAUGUUAGAAGCCCGACCAUUGGGUGAUUUAAAUGAUGGUUAUAUGUAUUCUGAUGAAGGAUUUGAUCCGUAUAUUCAAGACUCGGAGAUCCUUGAUAGACCAGAUCUGUUCUAUAAUAACGGAGAAGGGUAUGAUCCGAGUAUGUUAAUGGAUGGUCAUAUAACACCUGAGUAUAUUGAUGAUGGGGGAUUAUAUAAUGGUAACUCAGAUUAUUACAACAAUUACAGUUAUGAAGACGACCCUUAUAUCCGGCCGAAAUCAAGCGUUGGUUUCCUACAAGAUGGUCACCCAGUUGAUGAGUUUGGUCGUGCUUUAGAUCCAGGUCGACCCUAUGACCCUUAUAAUCAACCAAUGAUAGACCAGUAUGGCCAGUAUGUAAAUGGUGACGAGAGUUAUUCAUAUAACAGAUGAAAGAACCAAGCGGCAACAUCGUAUCAUCUUAUCAUAUUGUACAGUGUUUCAUCAUGACGAACUUGUAACAUAAUUUAUUAUUAAUUCAUGCACACUAAUUAGCGGGGAUCUAACACAUAGAUUAUAAGGUCUGUCAUUGAGUCACAUGACAUGGUUUUCAUUCCUAUGUUUUACGGUUGUAUUGGAAAUGAUCUGGGAUAUUUGACAUCAAUUAAACCCCUAUUUAUACAUAUAUAUGCUUUACAUUCUCGAAUAAUCUGGGAUGCUGUUUUAUAUUAAACCAAUUUCUGGGCACGGUACCAGGCUGCGAUAAAUUUCAAGUAAUUGACCCAUUUACAUUACUCUAAAAUAACCGGUCUCAGAACCGUGCCAAGCAAGCUAAAUGUGGAAAUCUUCACAGAAAAGUUAAUUUCAGUCCUAUGCAAAUUACCCGGAUGGAAACAAUUAUGGCGGUUGAUUUAGUUCAGACAGACCGGAUAGCGUUUACGCUACGAAAAUUUGACUGUGCCUAGCCCCCUGCCGUGACGGUACUCUUUACGGCACGCUUAUGUUUCACCCGUUUAUGGUAAUCUAAUGGGUCAUUGUUUGAAGCAAACAGCAUCUAGAGCUUGACAAUAACUAGAGAGAUGAUCAUAAAGGUUCUCACUAUAACCUGUGUGUAAUCAUUAAGCCAUGAGUCCGUGACAGAGUUAUAGUCAAGUUCUAGUGUGUAGGACUUUAUAUAAGAUAAUUAUAGUAAAAAUCUACUAGAUUUACCAUGUUCUUCUGUAUAUCUCCGUUUCUCAUUACAUCAAUAAAUAUUUGUCAUAGAAUACGGUAAAAUUAGCCUAAAUAUUUAUAUUAAAUACACACCCCAAGAUUUCAACAAGAUCUAUCAACUACACAGAAUGCCAGAAGAUAUAAAACUGAUAGAUUUCAACAAGAUCUAUCAACUACAUGCAAGAUAUAAAACUUCUGAUUAUUUUUUCGUAAUUGACAGUAAUUUACGGAUAGUCUCAGUCAUUCAUAAUGUAAUCUGUUUAUUAAAGAGGAUGAUUUGUAAUUAUUAAAUAUUUAUUGUAUAUAGAUGAACUAGUAUAUAUCUCAAUCUGUCAGGUAAUGUGAAUUCAUUGUAUUCAAAGUAUCAUUAUUUACACCUCGUCUGUAUCUCUCCUCCUCAAAAAUAAAUCUAACAUUCUAAAAACAGAAGAGAAUUUAUAUAAGGUUUCGAAACAAACAAACUGUUUCAAUUUGAUAUGUUUCAAAGAUACAUUAUAUAAGAUUUAGAUAAAGAGCUGUCCAUUCUUGCUAUAAUAGUUUGAAAAGUAGAUAAUUCAAAAUGAAUAUUAAAAAUUUUAUUCCAAUUAAUUUAUUGUGUUUCCGACAGCGGAUGCAAUUAUAUUUGUAUUACUUUUGAUCAAAAUAAGACUUUUAAUAGAUCCAAAUAGAAAUGGCCAGACUGUCCUAUAAUACCUCUUCAAAAGGUAUGUAGUUACAGUAUUUAUUGUAGAUUACGAAAUAAUUAUGGAUAUCAACUGGGUACUCCAAUGGUUUAUUAUCAAGCAAUGAUAAUUUCAAUUUAUUGUAAAUAUAAAACAUUUUCAUUUAUAAUUUUAUGAGUGUCAUUUAUUUUGCUUUCCUCCGUCCAAUUUUUAGUUUAUUUAUUUUUUGUAAUAUUUCUAAUUUGUUUUUUUGUUUGUUUAUUUUGUAAAUGUUUAAUUUACGUUAUAUAAAAUGUCUCAGAAUUC